AUGCGAAACCCAUUUGAACUUGAUGGCAGCGUCGAUGGGGACUCUGAACCCGCCAACGAUGUCGACCUGGGGGAGCAGAAUGCCAACCAUUUCGAAGUUGAUAUCCGACCGCAUCAGACAGACGACGGCGACCGCUCCAUAUUGCAGGAUGAGGAGCGACGUUCCGAUGACCUAAAGGAACGCUUCAUCGGCACUAUCGAUCAGGGAACAACCAGCACACGUUUCAUCAUCUUCGAUUGUACGGGCGUCCCCAUUGCCAAAUACCAGACCGAGUUCCGCCAAAUUCACGAACACCCAGGAUGGCACGAACAGGACCCCUACGAGUUGGUAGAGUCGGUUUUCAUUUGUAUCGAGGAGGCGAUGAAAUCCUUCCUCGCAUUGGGUCACUCCCGAUCCGACAUCGAGGCCGUCGGCAUCACCAGUCAGCGAGAAACCGCCCUGGUAUGGGACUGGGAGACCGGUGAACCGCUGCACAAUGCCAUCACUUGGACCGACACACGGACCGCGAACUUGGUGCGUGAACUGAAGACCAAGAAGGGCGCCGAGGACCUAGUGAACAUUUGCGGACUGCCCCUCUCCACAUACCCCUCUUCGGUGACGUUGCGAUGGAUGCUGGAUAACCUGCCCGACGUUCGGUCGGCCUACGAUGACGGCCGUGCCGCCUUCGGCACUGUCGACUCGUGGCUCAUCUACAACCUCAACGGUGGCCCGCAAAACAAGCGCCUCGUCACCGACGUCACCAACGCCUCCCGCACCAUGUUCAUGAACCUCGAAACUCUCCAAUACGAUGACCGCCUUUUGGAUUUCUUCGGUAUCGACCGCAACAAGAUUCGCCUUCCCGAGAUUAUGCCCUCUGCCGACAAGGAGGGCUUCGGUGAGAUCUACGAGGGGCCUCUGGCGGGAUGUCCCAUUACCAGCUGUCUGGGUGACCAGGCCUCGGCGCUGGUCGGCCACUGUGCCUUCACCCCCGGAUCCGCCAAGAACACCUACGGAACCGGUUGUUUCCUUCUCUACAACGUGGGCGAGAAGCCCGUCAUUUCCAAGCACGGUCUCCUCGGCACGGUCGGUUUCCAGCUGGGCCGGGACCGCAAACCCGUCUACGCCUUGGAAGGCAGUGUUGCCGUGGCAGGCAGUGGCGUGUCCUUCUUGAUGAACAACAUGGGCUUUUUCCGCGACUCGCGCAAGGUCAGUGAUCUCGCUGCCACCGUUCCGGACAGCGGAGGCUGCGUUUUCGUCACUGCAUUCAGUGGUCUUUUCGCGCCGUACUGGAUUGAUGACGCCAAGGGCACCAUCUGGGGCAUUACCCACCACACACAACGAGGGCACAUUGCUCGCGCUACCAUGGAGGCGGCAUGCUUCCAAACGAAGGCCAUCCUUGAUGCCAUGGAGAUGGACAGCGGCAAGAAGUUGACAGAGCUGGCCGUGGACGGCGGUAUGAGUAACUCCGACAUUUGCAUGCAGACACAAGCCGAUAUCAUUCAGAUUCCCGUCGAACGGCCCGCCAUGCACGAAACCACCGCCCUGGGUGCCGCAAUCGCCGCCGCCUUCGCCAUCGACGUGUGGAAGGACUUUUCCGACCUGAAGCACAUGAACCGCGCCAACCGAGCCACCUUCGAGCCACAAAUCACCCCCAAGGCCAGCGCAAAAUUGUACAAGCAGUGGUCCAAGGCCGUGGAGAUGUCGCGCGGCUGGAUGGAAGUCGGAGAAGAAUCCGACGACGACGAAUAA